UUGUGGCUACUUGCGACUUCUUGCGAGUCCGUUUGACCAGGGCUUAAUGGAGGGAAUUCAAACAAUGGCAAACUUCGUUUAGCGAGGAAAGAACUCGCCUUUCUUUUAAAACUAAUUUGCGAAGUAACUUUUCCGUUAUUAUAUUAUUAGGUUUUAGCAAAAGAUACUCGAGGGUAAGAAAGUUAAUCCCCUGUGUGGGCCUUAUUCCUAAGGUAAUCCCUCUCAUUUUCUCUCUCUCUCUCAAGUUAUUUUUAAAUCACUCCAAACUCCGAAAACUCCCAGGAAGGUCCAGAAAUAGCCAAUGCAGUGACGCGAAAUUUAUUCGCGUAGAUAGCCUGAGUGGUUUUACACGCAUUUUCAUAUUAUCCGUGAAAGAACUGGAUACCAUAUCUAAAUGUAACUUGACAGAGGUUACUUAGGAUUAGGACCUUUAUAGAGAAUUAACUCUCUUACCUUUCAUCCUCUCUUGGUUUCAGUGAGCCAACUGCAUACCGAUGUUUAGUUCCAACUUAACAAAAGAAAAACAGUUUCACAGGCAAUCUUGAAGAAUUCAGUUCUAUGCGGAAUUCUCACGUUUAUAGUUAGUUUUCAUGGCCAGAAAAUUCAUGAGUUUGUUGUUUAUAAUUUUUACCCUUCAUUAUCAAGUUUGACGACUGAAGGCUAUGGUUUUCUUGUACCAGAAUUUCUCACAAGUUACAGUAAACAUGUAGGCACAAUAGUUAGCAGGCCAAAAAGAAAGAUUAUGCUGAAGACUUGCCGUUGGACACUAUCUGUCCCUAGAAGUUCACAGCUUUCGCUCUGAACUAAGAAUGUAUACGAACAAAAAACAAAAUUCCAAAAAGAAAAAUCUUAUUUGAUUAAAAUGUCAUUGUCUUUUGCAAUUGUUCACAGCUAUUGAUGGCUUCCAGUCCAAUUCAUGGGAGGACAAACUGCGCAAGCGCAGUGACAUCAGUCCCCAUGACAACACCCAGGCCCUUGGCGGAAAGAGGGACAUCAGUUCACGAGGAGGAUUUGAUGAUUACGAAAUUCAGCGUUCUAGAGAGCUUCAGAAGUUCAUACGUGGUGAACUUGUGGCUGAAGGCUCCUACGUUGACGUACAUAGCAAAGGAGACGACUCCCAAACUGGUGAAGAAGAUUCUCGAUCUCAGGAAACUGAAGACGAUGAUAGUUUGGGAGAUCGGCUUACCGGGGAAGAGUUUGAAGAUGAUGAUCACCUUACUGAAGAAGAACAAGACGUUGAUGGUGAGAGUGUCUUGGAAACUCGGCCCAAGGAACAAGAACAUGUUGAUGACAGCCACAGUGAAACGGAACACGAAGGGGAGGAAUCUGAAUCUAUCGAUCAUUAUCACGGAUCUGCCAGGGAGACACGGGGUAUGUCCGUGGACGACGAAGAUGAAUACGACGACUUCCCAUUUGGUAAUGUUCCGCAUUAUUUCCAACCUAUUUAUAUAGAUACUGCUCACGUGGAAGAUACAGCACCUGAGCACUUCUUGUAUUCCCAACAACAGCAUCUCGGUACGGAAUAUAAGAAGGCAUAUGAUUACAUGGAUGACAAGCCAGGCUUAGAGAAACCGAAUUCCAUGGAAACACAGCCUUCGGAACAAGAAGAUUAUGAUGUCAAACACAUGGAAAUAGAGCAAGAUGAAGCACUGGAAUCCAUGGGUCAUGAUAAUUAUGGGUUAGGCAGAGAGGCGCGAGGUAUGCUCGAUGACGAAGAUGUGCACGAUGACUUCCCAUUUGAACAUUCCGCUCUUUAUUUCCGACCUACCUACACAGAUACAAUAUCCCGGGAAGAUAUAGAACCGGAGCAUUUCAUUCCUUCAAAUGAAGAAGACCAUGUUAAAAAUAUCGAGAAUUUGGAUGAAAAUGCUGAUGGUGAUCGUAGAUUUCAUGGUCAUAUGCGAGCUUCUCGGGAAAGUCGUGAAAAUACUGAUGAAAGAAACGGCCAUGAGACAGGAACAGCUUACGAAGGAAACCAAAAUCCGGAAGGAUCCAAUCACUACACAAUAAGAAACCCGCGUGGUGAAGAUGGUGACAGUGAGUCCUUUGGUAGUACUCACGAUGAUGUUAUCGGCUUGGUGACCAGGUUCCGCACACACAUGGAGCCCGAGUAUGGAGAAAAUGGGGGAAGUCACAUUGUGUCCCCUGAUGAUGUCGUGGACAGCGGGGGUGACAAUGAAGACUAUGAAGACAAUGAGGUUGUCGAAGACGAGCUUCGAGCCUUCGAGGAAAUCAAGGCUUCAGAAUGGGAUGAAGAUGAUGGAGACAAUGGAGACAAUGAAAACAGUGAAGACAAUGAAGACAUUGGGAAUGAUGAAGACGAUGAAGACGAUGAAUUCGAGAUUCAAGACGUUGGAGGUAACUUCGAUGAAACCGAAUCCUCAGAUUGGGAUGAAAAUGAUGAUGAAAAUGGGGACGAUGAAGACAGUGAAAACAGUGAAGACUAUGAAGACAAUGAAGACGCUGAGGAUGACGUCGAGUUUCAAGACCCUGGAGGUAACCUUGAGGAAAACGAGGAUUCAGAUUGGAAUGAAGAUGAUGAAGAAAAUGAAGACAAUGAAAACAGUGAAGACUAUGAAGACAUUGGAGGUGAUGAGGUUGAGGAUGAAGACGAUGAAGACGAGUUUCUAGACUCUGGAGGUAGCUUCGAGGAAACCAAGGCUUCAGAUUGGGAUGAAAAUGAUGAAGACAGUGAAGACGAUCAAUACAAGGAAGUCGCUGAGGAUGAUGAAGACAAUGGAGACGAUGAAGACAAUGAAAACCGUGAAGACUAUGAAGAUAACAAAGACAACGAAGACAAUAUAGACGUUGAGGAUGACGAGGACGAUCAAGACGAGUUUCAAGACUCUGGAAAUAACUUCGAGGAAACCGAGACUUCAGAUUGGGAUGAAGGUGAUGAAGACAAUGGAGACUAUAAAGGCAAUGAAGAAAAUGAAAUCAUUGAAGACUAUGGGGACGAUGAGGACGAUAAGGACGAUGAUAAAGAAGUUGAAAAAGACGCGUCUGGAAGCGAUUUCGAGAUAACCGAGGCUUCAGACUAUGGAGACAACUAUCACGCCUCUAGAGAUGACCUCGAGGAGAAUGAGGCUGUUGAGUGGAGUGAAGGCGACAAAGGCGACGUUGAAGUCUUUGAGGGUGAAGCCAAAACAAACGUGGACACUGCAUACGAUGUAAGCGUCUCUGAAAACCAAGAUUAUGAACUGGUUGAUGAUGUGGCUCAUGCGAGACAAGCCUCCCAAUAUGGUUACAAAGAGUUGAAAGGUGGAGGAGGGAGCCACAUUUCAAAGGAUUAUGAGCAGUGACCGAAUCACUGACUUAUUUGAUAGGGGGAGGGGAACUCGAAAGGAUCUUGUUUUUGCUUACUUUGAACAAAACUGAGAGUAACAUUCUUUGAAAGUAUCCGCAUCCGACCAAAACUUCUAACUUACUUUCAGACACUGAUGAACACUGAUGAACAUUACAGACCUCAGUCUUGAGCAGUUACUUCACCGUCCUCUAUUUGUUCUCCCCACAAUACCAAUUGUUUAAACCUCAAUCAUUUCAUCUCAAAAACAAGAAAAUGUCUAAUAUAAAGCUCAAUGAUUAAAAGAAAAUUCGCAAUAAAUUUAGCAAUUCUCGGCUACGUUAUUUACAGAGGAAUUACAAGGAAGUUGAGAGACCUCUUCACUGAUCGCAAAACCACACCUAAACCAAUCACAUUUGGUUAUCAAAACGCACCAAUGGUGAAAUUAAGGGUGGGGUACCUCUGACAUCUCUUUGUAAAAGCUAAGUUGGGAUAUCCAAAGGCUUGUUUCCAUAUAAUCGCUACGAUGCCGCUAUCGCUACAAAUCUAGAAAAUGUUGAACAAUCCUUACGACUACCGGUUUCCACAGUGAUCACUACUAUCGAGGACAUAGAACUAUUGAGACCUAAAAGUCUUUCUACUAAGUGAUCGUUGUCGCUACUCUCGCUUUGAUCACUGUAGAAUGCUUUCCAUAUGAUCACAACGAUCGCUGAACUUUUUUUGCAGCCAUCGUUCGUGUUGUAAUCUGCUGAAGCCAAAGGCUGAAGCUGUGAAUGACAAUUCUCACGAUACACCUUAGGGUGACACUUUCUGCUUGUUUCCAGAUCACUUCCAGAGUCAUUUUGCUGGCUCGGGAAAUGGGAUGGACACAAACGAAGAGUAAAAUGCGCUGAGGGUUUAGCUAGGGCCACGGUCGAUUGCAGCGAUAUUUAAGAAAUAGCAAACAUUUUCCGUUUCUUAAUCGACUUAUGGAAACACGUGUGAACGUUUGGGAGAACGAAAAAUGCUCUGAGAACAAGAGCCGAAGGCGAUUGUUUCCACAGCUUUUGCUAGUUUUGAGUUCUUCUUAUACUGUUACGAUACCAAUUUGAGAGUAGAUGUACUACCAAGGCGUGGAUGUAGUUGCGUAACACCUUUUAAGGGUGCAGUAAGUUUCGUUACAGACUAAGUUUGCAGCUAUCCAAAUUAAUUCUUAAUUUGGCUAGCAGUGUCCAGAUUAACUAAUAAUUUGGACAGUUCCCUGGCCAACUUAAUUAACAAGUAAUAUGAGUACAUCCUAGUCUAAUUUGGUAAUAAGUGGCUUCAAAACAUUCCUCUGAGAGCCAAAAUGGACUUCGCCCACGAUCUCUUCUAAUCUUUUCAGAAUUUUUUUCAGCUAGUUAUUUCCAAAUUGGACAGCAUGCAGUCCUAUUACAUAUAUUAAAAAAAUGAGUAUACUUGUAAUAUAGAUGUUCAUUUCUCUUGGUGUCAUAACUUUCCGUGGAGAUAAGGUUUUCAGUUCUUCUACCCUUAACUAUUUUAACCGAUAUCUAUUCCCAAGAUGGUUGAAAUAUGAAAGUUCUCGAAUAUACCUCAAAUUAUCUGAAACCUACAUGUUCCUACACUUGUUUAACGUGCUGGAACAGAGUGAUUUCCCAUUACGCCACGCCGAUGAAUCGGCGGCCAUGUUGGUGUCUCAAACCAAUCAUGUGAAAGGUGAACUUUUUUCUUCCGUAAACACUUUCUUUUGUUCUAAUUAUAAAUUUGCCUGGCUUCUGGCUACGUGAGUGACAACGCACUUUAAAAAUAGAAAUCGAUUAACACAGGAAGGGUCAGAAGAACUAGUUUAGACCUUCACUCGACCUUCAAGCCAUCAACACUGAGCCAGCAUAAUGUCAACACUACGCUUAUUUUUGUGAGAUUCAAGCAAUGAAAUAUUCAUUGAGCUUUGCUUUAGGCGUUUGUCCGCGAUUGAAUGUAUUUCCAAAUUAUCGUGAGUUUAUCUAUAACCUGAGUGUGUGGUAGACUUUAAAGAGCGUUUGUCGACCACGUUGAAUGCACUAUCUGCAGGGAAUGGCGCACUCGAGACGCACAACCUAUUCAAAAAGUCAUUUGUUAUAUUGUAUUUGGCCUUAAGCUAAAUACCUGGAGUUUUCAUUUAUUAUCUCUUUA